CAGAACACAUCUUAGCGCACGAGCGCACGCACACACCUACGAAAAUACAUUUACAUAUAGUUUACCAAACAAUAUCUUCUCACGGGAGUUUGCAAACAGUAACCAAAUCCAACGACACACUGAGCUCGCUUUACGGUUGACAUGUUCCCGAGAAUAAUUAUGCAAACUCGCUACGCGUCCAAACACGGCAAGCUGGGGCUAAGAAGAGGAAGCAACUCAUGGUGUCGCUCAGGUCCUAAAUGUGCGCAUUGUUAAACUUGCGAGCACAAACAGAAGGUGACGUGUGGAGGACUGCGCAACGACCGAACACAAAAUGGCGAGGUUAAGCGAACAUGGGAUUCGCUUAAGUUCUAUGAGUCCGUCUUACCUGAACAGCAACUCAACAAGUCACACAUGGCCCUUCAGUGCAGUUGCAGAACUAGUAGACAAUGCUUCAGACCCAGGUGUCACUGCUAAAAAGAUUUGGAUAGAUGUAGUCCAAGUAAAGGACCAGCAGUGUUUGGCAUUCACAGAUAAUGGCAGUGGGAUGACCCCCAACAAACUGCACAAAAUGCUAAGUUUUGGCUUUACCGAGAAGGGCUCUGUGAAGGGCAGCCGCCAGCCCAUCGGUGUCUAUGGUAACGGCUUCAAGUCGGGCUCCAUGCGCCUGGGUCUGGAUGCCCUCAUCUUCACCAAGAAUGGGGGCUGCCAGAGCGUGGGCAUGCUCUCUCAGAGCUUCCUGCAGGCCAUUAAGGCCCAGGCUGUGGUGGUGCCCAUUGCACCAUUCAACCAGCAGACCAAGGCGUUAGUAGUGACCGACGACUCGGAGGCCAGCCUCAAUGCCAUCCUUACACACUCCCUCCUCAACAACGAGGAGGAGCUACACCAGCAGCUGGACACCAUCCCUGGGAAGAAGGGCACCAAGAUUCUCAUUUGGAACAUCCGAAGGAACCAAGACGGGAAGCCGGAGUUUGACUUUGAUACGGACGAGCACGACAUCCGACUGCCAGAUAUCCAGAGCGUGGAGAUGGAGAAGAAGAAGAAGAAGAGCUACUCGGGCCCCCGCCGGACCGACCAGAUCAUCCCAGAGAUGGACUACUCUCUCAGGGCAUAUUUGAGUAUUCUUUACCUGAAGCCAAGGAUUCAGAUCAUUCUCAGACAGCGGAAAGUUCAUACCAAACUGGUGGCGAAAAACCUGUCCAUGAUUGAGAAUGAUGUCUACAAGCCACACUUUAUUAACGAGCGAGUCAGAAUCACCUUCGGUUUUAACCGCAAGAACAAGGACCACUUUGGCAUUAUGAUGUACCACAAGAACCGACUAAUCAAGUCCUAUGAGAAAGUGGGCUGCCAAAUCAAAUCCUCAGGCCAACGGUCCGGAGUCGGAGUCAUCGGAGUGAUCGAGUGUAACUUCUUAAAGCCAGCUCACAACAAGCAGGACUUUGAGUACACCAAAGAAUACAGACUGACGCUAGCAGCUCUGGGACUCAAGCUCAACGACUACUGGCGAGAGAAGAAGGAGAAGAAAGCCAAAGAGAGAGCGUUUAAUGUGCUGUGCAAGCACAGCACUGAGGAGGACGAGGAGGAAGAGGAGGAGGAAGAGGAGGAAAUUGGAAAAGAAGAGGUGGCGUGGUUGCAGUGUGAAGAUUGUUUGAAGUGGCGGGGAGUGCCGGCCCAUCUUCUCUCUGGAUCAGUUCCUGACAGAUGGACCUGCAGCCAGCAUCCAAUCACACGUAACAGGAGCUGUGAUCUGCCGGAGGAAGCGGAGGAAACAGAAGAGGAGCUAGCCCCCAGCUAUGAGAAGACAGUCAAAAAACAGGAUCAGGUCCGUGUGAGGAAGAGAGGGAAGUCUCAGGAGGAGAGGAAGAGAGGCCGGCGCCCCCUGGCUCGAGGCUUGUCCCGGACUGACUCGGCAAAGCAAGAGACGGAGAAUGAGGAGGAGGAGGAGAGGAGGAGGAGGAGGGAAGAAGAGGAAGAGGAGGAAGCCAAAGAGGAGGAGGAUAUGGAGGAAAAAAUGCAAAUCAUAGGGACCAAAGAGAGAAGGACAUACAGCAACAAGAGGAAAUCUUUGGAGCUUCAAAAUGAAAUGAGUAAAAAGUUAUGUUCAGAAAAGCAGCCUGAACACGCCGCUCCAGACGGAGAAAAGAAGGAGAGGACCGAAGAGGCCACAGAGGCCAGUGAGAGCAAACCUGAGUCCUCACAGACCUCAGACGGCAGGCCGACUGAGUCACAGCCCUCUGCCGACGAGCAGGCCCAGGCCGUCGCUCCGCCACAGUCGCCGCAGGGCCGGUCACUGUCUGGCGGCGGUGUGUGGUCACACGCGCCCAUGGUGCCCCCGGGGUCGCACACGCCCGCCUCGGCCCAGACGGUGGUGGUGCCGCCACUGAGCCGUACGGGUCAGCAGAAAGUGGGCUCGCUGGCCCAGGAGGAGCUGGACCGCUCCAUCCUCUCGCAGAGGCUGGGCCAGCUGGAGCGCGAGGCCAAGCGCCUGCGCAGGAAGCUGGGCCUGAACACCUCAAUGGCAGAAGCAGCGGAGGCUGCCCAGGUGGCAGCCAGCGGCGGUCAGCCGGAGGGUCAGCAGCAGGGUCUGACCGUUCCGAGCGAGGCACUGGUCUCAGGCCAAAAUAAUGUGGAAAACAAGAGUGUGCCCCCAGCAGAAAGUAUGUGUGCCACACCAGAUAUGCAAAGCACAGUGCCAACUAUUGACCUGACAACCACGGGGCAAUUGUUGAUGGAGCUCACUGCAGGAAAGCAAACAGAUGCAGCAAAGUCACAGGAGAAUGACCAGACGACGAUGCCUCAGAAGAGCGUCUCUCAGACGGGUCAACAGGGAGAGCAGCAGUCCAGCCCCACGGAUGAGCUGUUCAACAAAAAGUACCCCGCCACGCAGCUGCAGCAGCCCCUGCUCACCGAGGUGCAGCGGCUGAAGAAGGAGAAAGAGGCGCUGCUGACCAGACUAAAGCAGACCGAGAGGAGAGAGAGACAGACGCGAGACCAGAGCACCAGCACUCAACUUGACAGCGUCGUCACUAUGGAGCGCCUGCGUACCAUGAGGAGAAACGUGGUGGCUCUUCUGUCCUCCAUACUGCCCCACCUGGACCUGCAGGGAAUCAGUUACGACACGGGCGACGUGGACAGCAUCCUUCAACAGAUCAUUGAGGCCAACAGCCUUUGAUCUCAAGCACACACACACACACACACACAUUGUCUGUUUAGGUCUACACCCUACUGUAUAAGCUUACUUGCGUCGCUGGAUUUUCUUUUGAUCCUUAGUUUGUGUAAAUGUGCAGUCUGUGAUUCUAACCCUAGUAUACUUCAGGAAACUGCUCCUUGGAGCUCUCUGUGUAGUGUUUGCGCUAAAAACAAAACAAAACAGGAGUUUAUCUCUGGCUUUGUAAAUGAGAAGCAGACAAGUAGUAGUCCACUUCUACAUGGGCAUCUAACCAUAACAAAAUCUUCUUGCCUUCAGUCUGUCAGUGAAAGAGCAAAAAUCAACGCAGCAUUAAAUCCACACACACACACACACACACAUAUGCCAAAUAUGUGUCUCAGGUAGUUUUAACACACUUCUUUCUUUCAGUGUCAUAUCCUUCAUGUCAGACUUUUUUUUUUAAAUAAAUAAAACAAUUUUUAUUAUUUA